AUGGCCAGUUCCAAUGAAACAGGGCAGAUGUUCUUGCGGUUCAUCCUGAGUGGGAUCCCAGGGUUGGAACAUGCUCACGUCUGGAUCUCCUUCCCGUUUUUCUCCAUGUACCUCAUUGGCAUGGUGGGGAACUGCGGGCUCCUCUACAUCGUCUGGACGGAGGAGGCCCUGCACAGACCCAUGUACUACUUCCUCUGCAUGCUCUCCAUCACGGACAUGGUUAGGGGCACAUCCACCAUGCCCAAGGCCUUCUGCAUCUUCUGGCUCAACCUCAAAGAAAUAGACUUCAGCUCCUGCCUGGUCCAGAUGUACGUGGUCCAUACCUUCACAGGGAUGGAGUCCGGCGUCCUCAUGCUCAUGGCCUUGGACCGGUUUGUUGCCAUCUGUUACCCGCUGAGAUACACCACCAUCUUGACCAAUCCCAUCAUCGUUAAGGCAGGGCUGGCCACCUUCCUCAGAGGAGCGGUCCUCAUCCUUCCUUUCCCUUUCUUGGUCCGGAGGCUGCAGUACUGUGGUAAAAACAUCAUCGCUCACACCUACUGUGACCACAUGGCGGUGGUGAAGCUGGCCUGCAGCAGCAUCCGGGUCGACGCCAUCUACGGGCUUGCCGUGGCCCUGUUGAUCGGAGGCUUUGACAUCUUCUGCAUCACCGUGUCUUAUUUCAUGAUCUUGAGGGCCGUCGUGGGUCUCUCUUCCAAGGAAGCCCGGAGCAAGGCCUUCGGCACCUGUACAGCUCACAUCUGUGCGAUCACGGUCUCCUACACCCCGGCUUUUUUCACCUUCUUUGCGCACCGCUUUGGGGGUCACAGCGUUGCUCCUCACGUUCACAUUAUUAUGGCCAACCUUUACCUGCUUCUGCCCCCCCUGAUGAACCCCAUUGUCUAUGGAGUGAAGACCAAGGAGAUCCGUGAGAGUGUCUUCAGGUUGUUCCUGAAGGGGAAGACUCUGAUAGUUCAUGGCCACUGA